CUUUGGAAACACCCGACGUUGGUCAACAAAACUUUUUUUUUUCAGCCCGCGCUACAAAUCCGGCUGCUGCUUUCCCUCUCUUUUUGCUUUCUGAACAUUACCCCUACUCCUCCCUACUCUUCUGCUCAUGUUCGCUAGGAUUGCUUCCCAAGCCACUAGACGCACGGCCAACCAGCUUGCCAAACCUGCUGUUCAGGCUCGCUUCGCGUCAACAAAGCCCGUUGCUGCUGCUCAAAUUGCUGCUGUGACCGCUGGUAUUGUUGGUGCUACUGGAUUGGCUUAUGCGUACGUCGAUAGCAGUGUCUCUGCCAACAUGGCCGAUGAAGGUCUCCACCCUCCGGAGUACCCAUGGCCUCAUAGUGGCCCUAUGAGCACUUACGAUCACGCUUCCAUUCGUCGUGGUUAUCAAGUGUACCGAGAAGUUUGCUCCGCUUGCCAUUCGCUCGACCGUAUCGCUUGGAGAAACUUGAUCGGUGUUUCUCACACUGAGGACGAAGUCAAGGCUAUGGCCGAAGAAUUCGAGUACCAAGAUGGUCCCGAUGAGAACGGUGACAUGUUUGACAGACCCGGCAAGCCUUCCGACUACAUGCCCAAGCCUUAUGCUAAUGAGGAACAAGCUCGUGCCGGUAACGCUGGUGCUUUGCCCCCGGAUUUGUCCCUUAUGACCAAGGCUCGUCACGGUGGUGCUGAUUACGUGUUCAGUCUUUUGACCGGUUACAUGGAUCCCCCAGGCGGUGUUGAAGUUCGUGAAGGUUUGAACUAUAACCCCUACUUCCCUGGUGGUGCUAUUGCCAUGGCUCGUGUAUUAUUCGAUGAUCUUGUUGAAUACGAAGAUGGUACUCCUGCUACUACCUCCCAGAUGGCAAAGGAUGUCGCAACUUUCCUGUCCUGGGCUGCUGAACCCGAACAUGAUGAUCGUAAGAAGAUGGGUAUGAAGGCCACUAUCAUCUUGACCGGUAUGACACUGUUGUCUGUCUGGCUCAAGCGCUUCAAGUGGGCUCCCAUCAAGACAAGAAAGAUCGUCUACAACCCUCCCAAGUAAAUUAUAUACUCGUCCAACUUAUUUUCUUUUUCAUUCUUUUCUGAUUGUUAUCUACUUUUUGGCUUUCACAAAAAAAGCGAGAAAGGAGAAAAAGAACAAAAUACAUAUUCUUUAGAAGUAAAACUAUUCUCGACUACCGCAAUUUUUUGUUCAGCAUCAUGCACUCCAUUAAUCCGAUCUGUUCAUCGCCAAGGUGUGCUGCUGUAAUAG